UAGAAUGUCUGCAAAUAUUUCUAACAGAAACGUUGAAAUCCAAGAUAUGGAUGCAAGCGAUAGUGAGGAGAUUGGGGUCCAUAGUGAUGAGGAAGGAAGUUUGCGAAUAAACAAGGAAAUCUAUAUACCACCACCCCCUCGAAAUAUGGCAGAAAUCAAGACCGGUGAGCCUAGAUUGAUGAUUGUAAAAAUUGUUAAUGAAAACUUUAAAAGCUACGGAGGUGAACAAAUUGUUGGACCUUUCCAUGAGCGAUUCUCAGCAAUAGUAGGUCCAAACGGUAGUGGCAAAAGCAAUGUUAUUGAUUCAAUGUUAUUCGUAUUCGGUUGCCGAUCAAAUAAAUUUCGGUUAAAGAAAAUAACAGGUGCAAUUCAUAAUUCUAAUCAAUCUUCCAAUAUAAAAAGAUGUAAAGUCGCGGUACACUUCCAACAAAUUGUAGAUAAGGCGGAAGGAGGAUAUGAUGUUGUACCCAAUAGUCAGUUUAUUAUAUCCAGAACAGUGUAUAAAGAUAAUACUUCAUAUUAUGAGUACAAUGAUAAAAAAAUACAAUUCAAGGAAGUUACAAAAAUGUUAAGAUCGUAUGGUAUCGACUUGGAUUACAAUCGUUUUUUAAUACUUCAGGGAGAAGUCGAACAAAUAGCAAUGAUGAAGCCAAAAGGACAAAGUGAGGGAGAUAUCGGUAUGUUAGAGUUUUUGGAAGAUAUUAUUGGUACAACUCGAUAUAAAGAACCUUUAGAAAAAUUGUCACAAAAAGUUGAGACGUUGUCAGAGUACAGGAUUGAAAAAUUAAAUCGUCUUCGUAUCCUGGAAAAAGAAAAGUCUAACUUAGAAGAGCCGAUGCGUUCCGCUGUAGAGUAUUUGAAAUUGGAAAAUGAAAUAACAAGGUUACAGCAUCAGCUUUAUCACUGCAAGAGACUUGAAACAUCAGAGAUGCUCAACGAACAAGAAGCCAAAAGAAUCGAUAUGGACAAAGAUGUAAAUAGCCUAAUAGAACAAAUGAAGGAAGUUAAACGUGAAAAGGAACAGUUAAUGACUGAAAUUAAAGAUAAAUCUAAAAAAUGGGAUUCUCUUGUGCGCAAAAAGGAAUCAGCCACAGAGAACUUCGACAAAAUCAAGAGACAAGACGAAGCUUUACACGCCGAACUGAUCGAGACAAACAAACGGAGAAAAGCCACUAUGGCUUCUGUAAAGGCAGAAAAAGCUAAGUUAGAUGACUUGAUGAAAGUUCCAACGAAGAAUGUGAAGACCAUUGAAGAAUAUCAGAAGCUUGCAGAAAAGUACGUCGCAGACCGAACAAAGCAGGAAAAUGCCUUGACAAACCUAAUGGCAGGCUUGCAAACGAAAACUGCGCCUUUACUGAAGCAGCGAACGACAUUGGAGACCGAACUGAUAACCCGCCGGAAAGAAGUGGAUGAUGCAAAAGCAGUGUACGAAAUUGCAAGAUCUGAAUUGAAUUUGUACACGUCCAUUGAAAAGAAAGAGAAGCAAAAGCUAGAAGUACUUGAGCAAGAUUUGAAGGACACGGAAGGGAAAUUUGAAUCGUGUAAACAACGAAGCACUACUUUAAGUUGUAAGAUACCUGCUACAGAACAAAGUUUGGAAAAAGCUCAAAAGGAUUUGGAUAACGUCAGAAAGGAAGAGGCAUCUGUUAGUGCACAGCUAAAAGAUACAAGGCUUAUUGUAGAAGAGAAAAGAGCCGCUAUGAAUGCCAGUAGAUCCAGGAAUCGAGUAUUAGAUGUGCUGAUGCGAGAAAAAAGGGAAGGGAGAAUACCUGGGAUAUUUGGCAGAUUGGGUGACUUGGGUGCUAUUGAUAGCAAAUACGAUGUGGCAGUGUCAACGGCCUGUGGUCCUCUGGAUAACAUUGUUGUGGACAAAGUAACAACAGCGGAGGCGUGUAUCACUUUUCUUCGUCAAAAUGACAUUGGUCGAGCUACAUUUAUACCACUAGAAAAACAGCAGCGGUUUUUAAAGCAAUGUAAUCAGAAAAUUCAGACACCAGAGGACGUCCCCCGAUUAUUCGAUUUGAUUAAGGUUGAGGACAAGAACGUUUUACCAGCCUUCUACUACGGAUUACAGGACACCCUGGUCGUUGACAACUUGGACCAAGCCACGCGAAUUGCUUAUGGUGCUAAACGUUACCGGGUAGUUACCCUUUCUGGGGAAUUAAUAGAAAUGUCAGGGACGAUGAGUGGUGGUGGCCGCACGGUUAGUCGAGGUCGUAUGGGCCAGAGUAUCAUCCGAGCUGAACCUAACGCAGCAGAUGUCGAAACGUUACAAGUGAAUUUGGAUGCCAUUUAUGAAAAAUGUAAUCGCUUAAGAGUCGAACAAGUUCCGUUAGAAGACCAGGUACGCACUCUAACGAAUGCUUUAUCGGAAAUGAAACUUGAGGCCCAAAAAUGCACUACUGAGGAGAAGGCUUUGAGGGAACAGCUACUACUGCUAAAAAAACAGCUCGUUGUUCAGAAAAAGAAGGUAUCCGAGAGUGCAAAUGACCCAACCAAGCUGGAAACAUUAACCGAUGUUGUGGCCACUGCUGAAAAAGGUUUAAAUGAUAAAGAGGAAAUCUCCAAAUCAAUCGAGGACCGGGUAAUGAAAAUUAAUCGGCAGAUGGAUGAGAUUUCGGGCGGCAGAGUAAAAGAGCAACGCAAGGUCAUCACUGCUUUGACUACGACAUUAGAUAAAACGAAAGCGGAAAUCUGCAAGCUGCAGGUAGAAAUAAAAACCGCAGAAAGAAACAGCAGGAAAACUGAACAAAGAAUCGAGAGUUUGGAAGAUGACGUUCAUAAUUGUGAGGAGAGGAUUCGACAGAUCCAAAAGGAAAAGGGUACACUUGAGGAAGAAGCCAAAGUCGUCCUAGGCGAAUUGUCAGAGAUAAAUGCGGCACUGGUUGACAAGGAAGAAAGUGAGGCCACCUUAAAGGAAGCGCUCGAGAAAAUGCAAACACGGGAGAGGGACAUGAAAGCUUUCAAAAUCGACUUAGAUAGAAGAGUCCAGGACAUUCGAGGAAUUGUCGAGAAUCUUCGCCAUACGUUCUCCGAUUAUUCGAAAAGGAUCGGCACACUGAAGCUGAAGUUGGUCCCUGGUCAAAUAUGUGAGCCCUUUCCAGAGAUGACGGAAGAAGAAGUAAAGGCUCUGAAUAGCAAAACUAUUGCUGCUGCUCUACAAUCGGCGAAGGAAAGUCUUCCUGAACAGGUUCCAAAUAUGCAAUUAAUUCAAGAAUAUCAGGAGAUGGAUGCCUUGUACUUGAAGAGAGCCGCUGAGUUCGAAGACAUUACCAAACAGAGGAAUGAAUUCAGAGACACUUAUGAAUUAGCCCGGCGUCGCAGGGCCGAAGAAUUUAUUUCUGGGUUUGGUUUGAUUACUUGCAAACUGAAAGAGAUGUAUCGAAUGAUCACAUUGGGUGGGGAUGCCGAGCUUGAACUAGUUGACUCUCUGGAUGCCUUCAGUGAAGGCAUUGUUUUUAGUGUUAGACCCCCAAAGAAAUCUUGGAAGAACAUCUCAAACCUCAGUGGUGGGGAAAAAACGCUGAGUUCAUUGGCAUUGGUCUUUGCUCUUCAUCAUUAUAAGCCCACACCUCUCUAUUUUAUGGAUGAAAUCGAUGCUGCACUUGAUUUCAAAAACGUUUCCAUAGUUAGCAACUAUAUCAAAGAGAGGGCAAAAAAUGCCCAGUUUAUCGUUAUUUCUUUGCGUUCCAAUAUGUUUGAAAUGGCUAAUUAUUUGGUUGGGAUUUACAAGACAUUUAAUUGCACUAAGUGCGCUACUAUUGACCUAUACAAGUUUCAGGCUUGUACUACUAACAAUAAUAACACCCAAAAGGGUGGAUCUUCAGCUUCUCAAGUUUUAAAUCCGCAAGAAAUUUCAACUUCUCCUGUUGUCCAGACACAUCCUCUGGGUUCUACUGAAAGUGAAAAUCAGGAAGACUUUUCAAAUGCAGUGAAUAAGAACGAUUUGCAAAAAAGCGAAUUAGCUUCACAAGUUGUGGAUCCUGAUGAACCCCCGAGAAAAAAAUUAAUGCUGCAGAAUUGAAAGACCAGAUAGAUUACAAUUAAUACUUAGAAUAACUUUAAGUUGAUUAUUUAAAUAAUUUGAAUUAUAAAUGAAAAAUGAGGGAGCCUGUCAUUAAAAAACGAAUUGUCAAUA